ACCCUGCAGCACCGGACAGGGCUGCGUCCUUUCAGAACAGCCGAGUUGACACAUCAACAGCACAGCAGCACAACAGCUUUCAUCUGUCACCUCACAGCCGGACAGACACAUCACGAGCAACAUGGGCAACGUGCAGCCCACCUUAGUCCCAUGGGAGGACUUUGAUGUCACAGCUGAUAUCAAGGCUAUCAGGAAAGCAUGUAAAGGUUUAGGCACUGAUGAAGAGGCCAUUAUCGAGAUCCUGGCCAAUCGCUCUGCAGCUCAGCGUGUGGAGAUCAAAAAGGCCUACUUUGAGAAGUAUGAUGACGAGUUGGAGGAGGUCCUGAAGAAGGAGCUGACAGGUAGUUUCGAGAACGCAGUGAUUGCCAUGUUGGAGCCUCCUAAUGUGUACUUUGCCAAGGAGCUGAGGAAGGCCAUGAAGGGGGCGGGCACCGACGAAGCUGUGCUGGUGGAGAUCCUGUGCACCGCCACUAAUGAGGACAUCAUGAGCUUCAAGGAGACGUAUGCUGCGGUGCACGAGCGUGACCUAGAGGCAGACGUUGAGGAUGACACCAGUGGAGAUGUGAGGAACCUGCUGAUGUCGCUGCUGCAGGCGAGCAGAGACGAGGGCUAUGAAGUGGAUGAGGGUUUAGCCGAACAGGAUGCCACAUCUUUGUUUGAGGCAGGAGAAGGCAGAUUCGGCACUGAUGAGUCCACCUUCACCUUCAUCCUGACACACAGAAACUACAUGCAGCUCCAGGCCACCUUUAAGGCCUAUGAGUCGCUUUCAGGGACAGACAUUUUGGACACCAUCAACUCUGAAGCAACAGGAACUCUGAAGGACUGCUACAUCACUCUGGUGAGGUGUGCUAAGAACCCGCAGCUGUAUUUUGCCCGACGCCUUAAUGCCGCCAUGAAGGGACUGGGCACUGAUGAAGACACGCUCAUUCGGAUCAUUGUAGGCCGCUCUGAGAUCGACCUGGAGACAGUGAAGGACAUGUACUUGGAGAAAUACGACGUUACCCUGAAGGAUGCUCUGGAUUCUGAGUGUGGUGGAGACUUCAAACGCCUCCUCAUCGCAAUCCUGCACUAAAACUUCUCUUCUUCCUACAGGCCUUAUUUAACCAACGUGACACAGUCUCUGUACCCACUCAUCCUUCCUCCUCUUCUUUAUACUCCUUUUACCAGUUACACUCAUUCACUCUGUGGACCUCUCUCUGACAGUCAGUCCUCAUUACAGCAUGGACCAAAAACCAAAUUAUUACUCUACUAUACAGUGUUUUACACAUGGUGAACUUAGGCUUUAAAUACACAGUUUUGCCAAGAACAUUUCACUCAGUGGAAAUUUGUAGUCCAACAUACAGAGGUGCAUUUAAUGUGUUAUUCCUUUUGAUAAUAUUACAGUGGCAUUGUGAAUCUUAUAUGGAUCUUGUAUGUGCAGCUGAGCGUCAUGUUAAUUUAUUUGUCCAAAUAAAUAGUCCAGUUCUUUAUUCACAAUCAGCAGCUUUACAAUCAUUUGGUAUUUCAGCUCAACGUUUCAUCCUAAACAUCAAGAGGCUGCUGCUGCUGCUGCUCAUCAUAAAUGUCGCCUCUUAUUUUUGUCACCUUGCACAUUGCUGUCAUCAUCAUCCAUUAACUUCGCCACUGUUUGCCUCAGAGAUGCCUUUCGUGAGAUGAUAGCGAUGUAAUUUCCUUUCUUGCUGCAACACUCAACACAUAAGUGCCGAAUUAUCACUUUUGAUCUCUGAUAUCUUGAGUACACCAGAGGAUUAAUUAUACAUGAAUAUGAUAUCAAAAGCAUCAACUCUUUAAGUAUGCAAUAUUGGCUUUUUGUAGUCACGUCCCUAAAUGUUAUGUGGGAUUUUUAACUCAGACGGUUUGUAGUCUUAUCUUAAGUCACGGCUAACAUGCUGCCUCUCACAUUUACACACUUUGUUAGACUGUUGCCUUUUUUCCUGUUGUCACUCUUGUCAUGAAAUUUGCUACAGAAGUAUAAUCCUACAAGAUAACUGUGUAAAACUUUAAGAUGAUUUUGCAUUUAAUCUCAUUGGUUGAUGAUAAUAUUUUAAAAAGACAUACAUUUUGCUCUGUAACCUCUGUUGUACAAUCAACACAGUGAACACAGUGUCUGCAUCCAUGUAUGGAAGUAUAUCCUCACUAAUUACAGUAAUGUAUAUGACUAAGAUAUGCAGUUGUAUUGUCAUAUAGCAAAUGAAUACACUAAAUUAUAUGAAAGAAGUAACUGUUAACCUGUUGUAACGGUGUAUGCAGUGAUAAUAAAUUUUAACUGGAGCAAAAA